UGGGAAAUAUGCAAUUCUUUGCCGUAGAGUUGCGCCAAGUCGCUUAUUUCCAUCUUGAGGGCAAAUUAAAGACUGCUGUGGUGGUAUAAUCAAUUGUUUUGUGUGUUGACAGAGCAAUUAAAACGCAAUGAUUAAUGUAAAAGUCAUAAAUUCGGGUCAAAAUUCUAGUCAAAAUGGCCGCUCGAUGAGAGCAAAUGGCGGCAUCAGCCACCACCAAAGUUUAUUCGUUGGAGGAAGUGGCACGACAUGAUGGUAAAGAUGGACGUAGAGUUUGGAUUAUUUACAAGGAUGCUGUUUAUGACGCGACAGGUUAUGAGCACCCUGGAGGGUUUGAAUUGAUCAUGGAAUUCGCGGGAAAAGAUGCCUCAAUUGCCUUUGACAAUGCCAAUCAUAGCAGUGUUGCAAGGAGGGAUUUACAAGAGAGGAAAAUCGGUGAAUUAAGAAUGAGUGAUCGUUCACAAAGACUGCGAGGUGCGAGUUCUAGAUCAGUGAAACGUGCAGACACACCAAAAGAACCUCGAGGAAGCACUUAAUUUAAUUUUUCAAAAUUGGUAAUAACGUCCAUUUUGGAACUGGUUGUUGCGUACACAAAAAACAUCUUUUUUCGUGAUUUUUUAUUACAAAGAAACUUUGAAAUUUACAAAAAUAUGUAUAAGUUAACCUUGAAAAAUUUAAAAACACAAGCGAAUUAAAAAAUCGAGUGCCGUGCUAAAAUAUCUUCAUAAAAAAAUGGACGUCGUCAACGAUUGAGCCUCAAAUUUCGCCAUGAGAGAAAAGAAAAAAACCCUAAACACAAAAUGCACAAUUGGUCCUAAACUACUGUACAAAAUCUACGCUUAUUAUUGUAUGAUUACGUCGUCAUAAACACAAGGCAAGAUUGUUCCGUAUUUUAUUAC